ACGCAGCUCUUCUUCUCCAUUGUCUCUGCAUACUCUGAAAAAACAUGGCAACCACAGAGGUAAAACCCUACGCCGUUAAAAACCCUAAAAGAAAUCGAAGACCAUCACUUGGUCCGAAGAAAGAUUUGAAGAAGAAGACUAAGAAUAUUAAGAGGACUAAGAAGUCGAAAGCUCCCACCUAUGAUAAGACCAUUGAGAAGAGUAGAAGAAACGACCAGAAAACCGACAACGACGAUGACGAGCAACUGUAUUCGGAACCGGUAUCGGCCUCUGAGCAGCUUAGCUACUUCUUGACUCAGCUUGAAUCCGCCAUUGGUAUCAAGGUUUCUUCUUUAGAGCUCGAACCCAUUAAAGAUACUUGUAUAGUUGAGUUAUCUCAAAGAUUGGAUCAAGAUGUAAGCAACUUGGGAGAGCAUAUAAAGCUUUCUUGUGGGUCUUCAUGGAGAGAGACUCUUUGUGAAGGAGAGACACUUGAACGGAAUGUGGAACCUGGAAACCCAUCUGUUCUUGUUAUUAGUUCCUCUGCUCUGAGAUCUUUGGAACUUCUAAGGGGUUUGCAUUCAUUGACUAAGCAAUGUCCAGCAGUGAAGUUGUUCUCGAAGCAUUUGAAGGUUGAGGAACAGGUAUCUCUGUUGAAGAAACGGGUGAAUAUUGGGAGCGGCACACCAAACAGAAUCAAAAAGCUAAUCGAUAUAGAAGCGUUAGGGCUUUCGCGUUUAGACAUGAUUGUGGUCGACAUGCACCCAGAUGUCAAGGGAUUUUCCUUAUUCACAUUGCCUCAAGUCAGAGAUGAGUUUUGGGAUUUGUAUAAAAACUGUUUCCACCAGAGAGUCUUAGAAGGAAGACUACGUUUGCAAGCUAUGAAGAUAGUCGAGGAAAAAGAGGAUUGUUUCCACCUGAAUUUUGAUCCUAAUGAGACAGACCAAGAUUGUGAUUUAGGGCUUAUGUCUCUCGCUGUUGAUUCAGCUGGCUUGUAGGGAUUUCCCUUUGGUGAUAUUCAACACGCAACUCAUUGAUUAGAUUGGUUUCAUUUUUGAUCUGGUUAAGCAACAUGAUGAGUUGAUGACAUUCGUCAGAAUCAACACUUUUAAAGAAGCAUGAAUCUAAAGCAUAUCUUUGCAAUGUUUCACAGACAAAAUAUAAUGGAUUUCGAAUA